AUGACCACUGGAUCCAUUCUAUUGAUUUGUCUCUUUGCUGGCCCUAUUUUAUCAGACACCAUCAGCUUCAAACAACGCUACCCCCACAUCAAAUGGCCGCCCGGCGACCUGGAGCAGCAAUUUCGAAGCAUAGACGCCAACGGCGACAAUAACAUUGAGCAGAGGGAGCUGAUCGAGAGCUUGGUGCUGAACAAAUUGGGCCAUCUAUGGGAUGGCGAUCUGCCGGAUUUAUGGCAAACCGUCCUCGAUGCGGCUGAUGGCGAUCAUGACGGCCAGCUGAAUAUGGAGGAAUAUGGAAAGUUG